CCCAGAAGGGCUUGCAACUUCAGGACAAAAGCUUGGGGAGGGGUUUUUCAACAGGGGCUUUUCAGAAACGACCCCAAGGCUGGAAGGACCCGUCACCCAAACUCUUCAUUUUCGGUCUGCAGAAGGGGCACCAUGAGGCCCCCCACGAUCUGGGCCCUCCUGCUCCUCCCGGCUGGGAUCCUCGCCCAGGGCUGCCCGGCCAGCUGCCAGUGCCGCCAGCCCCAGACGGUCUUCUGCGUCUCCAGGAGGAGUCCCACUGUCCCGCGGGGGCUGCUGCCAGACACGGCCCGCCUUUACCUGUUUGAGAGUGGCCUCCGUGCCCUGAGCGAGGACAGCUUUGUGGGGCUCUCUGCCCUGCAGCUCCUGGACCUCUCCCAGAACCUGAUCCCCAGCCUGCCGCGCAACGUCUUCCAGCCACUGGCAGGGCUCCACAACCUUGACCUGUCUUCCAACCAGCUGCGGGAGAUCACCAAUGAGAGCUUCCACGGCCUGCGCCAGCUGGAGCGGCUCUACCUGGACCGCAACCGGAUCCAGGCCAUUCACCCAGCUGCCUUUGACUCGCUCGAAAGCCUCCUGGAAUUGAAGCUCCAGGACAACCAGCUGCAGGCUGUGCCCCCGCUCAACCUGCCCACCCUCCUGCUGCUGGACAUCAGCCGGAACAAGAUCGCUGCCCUCGAGGCGGGCGCCUUCCACACCCAGAGCCUCGAGUCCCUGAGGAUUGCAGGGCUGGGCCUUGGCCACCUGGAUGAAGAGCUCCUGCAGAGCCUGCACAACCUCCAUGAGCUGGACAUUUCGGACAACUGGCUGGCCAGGGUGCCAGGCGUCCUGAACCGGCUGCCUGGACUAACCAAACUCAGCCUGGCAGGGAACGGCCUGAUCUCUCAGCUGUGGGCAGAGGACUUCCAGGAGCUCCAACACCUCCAGGAACUGGACAUCAGCAGCCUCAACCUCAACAGCCUCCCCUGGGACUUCUUUGGCCCCUUCCCCAAACUCAGGGCUGUCACGGCAGCGGAGAACCCCUUUAACUGUGUCUGCCAGAUGAGCUGGAUCAUUGGCUGGGCGAGUCUCAGCAAAGCCCUUCUCCGGAGGCCAGAGGAGACCCGCUGCCAUUUCCCCCCAAAAAAUGCCGGCCGGCUGCUCCAGCAGCUGGAAUACACUGACUUUGGCUGCCCAACCACCACCACCAGCACCACCGCCUUACGAGCCACCAGCCCUCGACUCGCCACCCCUGUUCCCAGCAGUGGGCCUGUUCCCCCAGAGCCUAGCACAGCCAGCCCCAUAGCCAGGGACAGCGGCCUCACACCCACCCUGUCCCCUGCCCCGGAGGGCCAGCCAAGCCCUGAAGCCCAGCUCUGCCCGCCGCACGCCUGCCUUAAUGGGGGCCUGUGCCAGCCAGGCCCUGAUGACCACCUGGAAUGCAUCUGCCCCCUGGGUUUCACCGGCCUGUACUGCGAGGUGACCAGGGGGCAGGGGACCUCGCCACCAGAGCCCACCCAGGCCAAGCAAAUAGCCAUCAAGGACGUGGGGGGCACCUCCUUGAAAGUGGACCUGCAGAGCUACAUCCAGUCCAAGACACAGCUGAAGGGGAUCCGCGUGACGUACUGGGACCUCUCAGGGCCAGACAAGCGGCCGGUCACCCUCAGCCUGCCGGCCACAUUGCCCGAAUACACCGUGCGGGCCCUGAAGCCCAACUCCUCCUACCACAUCUGUGUCGGGGCCCUUGGUGACAAGGCCCACGAGGACCUCUGCGUGGAGGCCCGCACGCUGCUCCUGACCCGCCAGCAGCAUGCCCCUGUCGUCCAGAGCAGAGGCCCCGACCUCCCGGUGGUGGUGGCCCCUUCCGUGGCUGCUGCGCUGCUCUUGCUGGUGGCAGCAGCCACCGGCUCCUACUACGGGCGACGGUGCAGGCGGCAGAGGAAGGCCCAAGCUGCCCCUGGGGUUGCCGGCUCCAGUCCGUUGGAGUUGGAGGGGGUGAAGGUGCACGGCGAAAAGGCAGAGCUGGCUGCGCAGAACCCCAGGAUUGCAGCACCCCUCAGCUCCGAGUGUGAGGUGCCUCUCAUGCGGCCUCAUGGCACAGGCACCGUCACACCAAGGGUGCUGGGACCUUCCUACUUUUAGGGCCGCCGAAUGGGCCCUGAUGCAACAGUGGUCCUGAGUCCCCAUGAUGGCAAAGCAUCUUCCUGGAGCUGGAGGGUGGGUUGGGGUGCCAGCGUGGACCAGUGCCCAGAAAGGCCAGAGGGCUGCACAGAAAGAAAGAGGCCGCCUCCCCACGGUGAGGAACCCGUUCGUGCCGGC